AUGAACGACAGUGUUUAAGCAAUUCAAGAAAGUUAUACUAGAAUUAAGUUAUUGAGUAAUGAUGUCUAGAUUAAGGACUAAACAAUCAAUAUACUUUAAGAAAGAUUAUAAGAAUUAGAGGAAUAGUUGAGUUAAGCAAUUAAACAAAAAGAAUAUGGUGAUAAAUAAUUUGGAAUUCUUUAGGAAGAACAUGAUUAGAUGUUUGAUAAUUAAUAGAAAAAAACAAAGUAACUGCAAUAAUUUAACUAAUAAUUAUUGGUUGCAUUGAAGGAAGUGUAAGAUAAGAAUUAAGAGCUUUUGGAAAAAGUAAAAUUUCAAAGUUAAGAAAUAUAAUAAAAAUAAAUGGCUUAAUAAGAAGUAACUGAGCAGAUUUCAUUAAUAAAGGAUGCAGUAAAAGGAUUGGAAGAAGAAUUAUAAUAAUUAACUAAGAAAAAUUCAAUUUUAAAAAAAGAAAAACAAGAAGCAGAAUAAUAAUUGAAAUAGGUUUCGAAUGAAAAAAAUAAAUUUGAAAAUAGUAUAAUGAAUAUGCUAAAAUAAUUAGAAACAGAAAAUGAUUUAUUAAAAUAAGAAUUAGAAGAUUAUAGAUAAAGAUUGGAAUAACAACAUCAAGAAUUAGUUGAACUAAAAUAUAUGAAGAUUUAAUUUGAAGAUUUGGAAAAGAAAAAUUAAUAAUUAAAUGAGUAAUUUAAUAUCUAGGUUCAGACUGCAAUGGAGUGUGAGAAGAAUUAUGCUUUAUAAUUUGAUGAAAUGAAUAGAGCAAAUGAAAAAUUUAGGAAAGANUAUUAAGGUUACAUAGAUGGAGAACUUUAUCGUUGA